GGUGACAUCUAGGCGAUGGCAGUCCCACACACAAAGUAUUUAUAAAGAGGAGAGGACGAAGUCAUGUGACUGAGUGACGCCUGUCUCCUGUGCUAAACACACCAAACACAAGUAGUGGAACAUUACUAGGGAGAUGAACAGUUGGGAUAAGAGAAAAUAAAAAUCAAUGCUAGUCUACUCACCAAGAAACGGAAAUCCCCAAUUAAGAAGAACAAUCAAUACACGAGAGUCACGUGAUCGUUUGACGCAGACCAUCAUUGAGGCGUUCGUCUGUUCUAUUUCUUAAAGUAACUUAGUUUUCAAGAUGGCUGAGCCACACGAAAGAGAGUGUGCCGUGUGCACGAAUGACUUCACCACACCAAAGAUUCUACCCUGUGGUCAUCUCCUGUGUCGAGAAUGUGUCAUUUCCUGGAUGGAUUCUAAGCCUGAUGCCGGGUGUCCGCUGUGUAGAUGUCCUAUAGUAGAGCAGUCAGAUGGAAGUUCGUCCGCCACUGUUGACGCCCUGCCGACAGACUUUGUGAUGGAAGCGCUGGUGGAGAGCGCUCGUGUGCUGAGUAAAGAUCACCUUUGUUGUGUGUGUGAGGACGUCAGGGCGGACUUCAUCUGUCUGCAGUGUCAGGACAUGUUGUGUUCAACGUGUACAAAGGCUCACAGAAAGCUUUCUGCGACCCGCAGUCACGAUGUGGAGAGUGUCAGCACUGUGACACCUGAACGUCUGGCUGCCAGCCGCCCUGCACUGUGUGCUGACCACGGCGACAAACACGCGGAGUACUUCUGCCGCGAGCACCGCCUCGCUGUCUGCUCAGCCUGUAAGGCUAACAAACACAAAGUAUGCCGAGGAACAAACUAUCUUGACGAUGAAAUGCAGUCAGCUCAAAAUUCACUGAAGGACUUGACAAAGAUUCUGGUAAAAGCGGAGCAGAAGCUAGAGCAGGCUAUAGGUCAGGUGACGUCACGUCUACAGGAAGUUGAUGUCAGCGAACAAGAAGACAUGGCGCUGGUGGACAAGACAUGUGACCGUCUUCACAAGCUGGUGGAAGAUGCUCGCAACCAGUUGAGGGACAAGACUCGCAUGUCACAUCUCCAAAUCAGGAAUUCAUUACGUGACGUCAAGACUGACCUUAGCAUUCGUCAUGGGAAGAUGACGUCACACAAACACAUUGUGACGCGAGUGGUGGCAGUGUCACCACGUCCCGCACUGAUCCACAUGAGACUGACUCUGACAGACAGGGUCAACAGCCUCAACUUUAGGUGUGACUGGCAACGAGAGGUGUGGGUGAAGCACUUGUCAAGUGUAGAUUGUUGUCAAGCAGUUGUGAGACUGAUAGAACAAGAGCUACUGAUGUUGGAGCUGGAUGCAAAGCAACCAGUUCUUGUGUUCCACGAAAACUAUGGAAGCAACAUUUGUGUGACGAACGGUAGCAGGACCGCGGAGAAAAUACAUCAACGGUCCUUCUCUAACGGGGUGGUCGUGUCACGUGAUGCUAUGGUGCCGAACGUUUUGUAUGAAGUCAGAGUGGACAAAGUAUCAUUUAAGCACAACGAGCUAUCAUUGGGAGUGACAAGAAUUUCUCCUGCACGUCUCCUUGUGACAGAGAUGUCUGUAGACCUGGAAGAUUCUGUUAUCGUUUCGUUCAAUGGGAUCUACUACCAGGGAGAAAAUGUGUCAACCUCGCUCGGAGAAGAUCUUGAGAGACUUGUAGUCGGGAGUCGAGUUGGAUUACUGGUGGACUCGUUUAAUUACCUUCACCUCUAUGUCAACGGAGAGGACCAAGGUGUUGUAGCGAAACAUGUAACACCACCCUGUUUUGCUUUAUUUGAUAUUUGGAGUUCAGUAACAAAGGUGACAGCUCUUCCUACAUCUAAGAUGACAUAAGAAAUAUCAGAGAAGAAAAAGUCUGAGACAGUAAAUGAUGUUCAUGUGUAAGUUACUGUUCGUCUACAGUUAAAAUAUAGUUAAGCCGCUCCUCCCCCUUUGUCCAGUUCCCCUCACUCGAUAACAAAGUUUUUGACGAGAAUAGCAGCCGACAGAUGUUUUGUACAACAGCGGAAAGGUGGACAAACUACACACAGACAGACUGUGAUGGACUCUUUCAGGAAUAAAUUCUCGAUUUCUGCUGUCCACUAACUAAAAUUAUUACUCACUUGAAAUGGAUCUUAGUUAGACUAUGAAACUCUUCUUAUUUUAUACCAGGUGAAAGAGUGUAGUUUAUAGAAAAUGUUUCGCUGUAAUCACAAACAAUGAUGUACUGUUUAUGAACUAAAUGAUUGAUUUUGUAGGGUGACGGGAUUUCUCUUGGACUUAUUAGUUUUUCACUAUCGUGUGUUAACAUGUUAAUAGCCUAGUCAAUAUUACUAAAAUAUGCACAAUUCGUCUUUGUAUGCGUUCAAUAUUUAACUAUGAGUAUCCUUCUCCAGAAAGCCUGCUUACGAAUGUACACUUAUAAUGAAAAUGAACAAUACUGAUCACUGAUGAAGCAUAAAACACAUAUAUUCACAAACAAACACCAAGAUACAUUCUUAAAAUAAAGAGAGGUUAAUCAUUUAAGAUAUUGUUAUUGUUCUUAACUGUUCGUCUGCCGCCUAAUUCAGUCAGCUGACUUUCUAACAAACGGUUUUAACCGGUAAAAUCUCUAAUAAGAUAAGCUUCUAAUGGAAUAAACACUUUACUCCCGUCAGAAAAUGUGGAUAUUAGUGAAAAAUAAA